CCCGAUCCACUUUAUUUAUACUCUCUCUAAUCAGCGUGUGAUAACCACGCAGAUCUCUCAUGAAUUAAUCAAAGAAGCGUCUAUCACACGCGCUAAAGAGAAAUCGAAUAGUUAAAGAAAGUACUGUUAAAAACCGAGUUAAAAAGCUCAAAAACCGAACUGAGAUCGGAGAUCGAAACCUGUACCUGAGAGAAUCCUUGUCUCCUUCUCUCUCUCUCUCUCUCUCCCAACCCUAACCUUUAUUCUCACUCUCUCUCUUCCACUCUCUCCUCUAACCUCCAUCUUGUCUUUAUUCAUUGCUUCUUCUCUCCGUCACCGAUCAAGAUCUCAUUCCCCCCAAAAUCAAGAUCUCAUCUCUGUAGAUGCAAAAACGAUGGGAGCUGAGAAGAAAUGGCUAUUCACACUCUUCUCCGUAGCUUUCCUCUCAAUCUUCUUCCUCCUCUUGCUCUACUCCAUCUCUGCUUUCACCUCUAACCCUUUCCCUUCCCCUAUCCGUCACGGCCCUCACUACCCUCCAUCUUUCGCUUAUUACAUAACCGGAGGCCGUGGUGACGGUGACCGGAUCUUCCGGUUGCUUCUCGCGGUUUAUCACCCUAGGAACCGGUAUCUUCUUCAUCUUGGAGCUGAAGCUACUGAUGGGGAGAGGGUUGCUCUUCUCUCUGAUUUGAAAUCUGUGCCUGCUGUGAGUGCCUUUGGGAAUGUUGAUGUGUUGGGGAAAGUUGAUCGUUUGUCUGAUAAUGGUGCCUCUAAGAUCGCUUCUACUCUUCAUGCUGUGUCGAUUUUGUUGAAGCUUGGUCGUUCUUGGAAUUGGUUUAUUGAGUUGAGUGCUUUGGAUUAUCCUCUUGUUACUCAAGAUGACCUGUCUCAUGUGUUUGCCUCGGUGAACAGAAGUGUCAACUUCAUAGAUCAUACUAGUGAUCUUGCUUGGAAAGAAUCUCAAAGAAUCAAGCCUAUUGUUGUGGAUCCAGCAAUUUACUUAGCUAGAAGAACACAGCUCUUCACUGCUACUGAGAAAAGACCAACACCAGAUGCAUUUAAAGUCUUUACAGGCUCACCGUGGAUUGUACUAAGCAGAUCUUUUCUAGAAUACACAAUCUUCGGUUGGGACAACCUACCAAGAACCCUCCUCAUGUAUUUCAACAACGUCAUCCUCUCAGAAGAAUGCUACUUCCACACGGUGAUCUGCAACGCUCCAGAGUUCAGUAACACAACCAUCAACGCUGACUUACGUUACAUGAUAUGGGACAGUCCUCCGAAGAUGGAACCACACUUUCUCACCACACCGGAUUUCGAGCAAAUGGCUUCGAGCGGAUCAGCUUUCGCGAGGCAGUUCAAGAAAGACAAUCCGGUUCUUGAUAUGGUUGAUAGGGAGAUCUUGAAACGGGGACGGUAUAGAGUCACUCCUGGAGCUUGGUGCGCGAGUCAUAGUAGCUGGUGGAAUGAUCCUUGCUCGGAGUGGGGUGAUGUUAAUGUGGUGAAAGCUGGUACUCAGGGUAAGAAGUUGGAUGAGACGAUAACGAAUUUUCUUGAUGAUUUGAACUCACAGACAAAUCAGUGCAAGUGAAUGAGAAAUGGUGGGAUUCUAUGAAUCAUUACACGGGACACGACACGGGAUUACAUUUUGUUUUAUGUCUGAAAGGUCUGUAUGAAAAGGUUAAUUCUUUGGAUAAUAGUGGGGCUGUAUCUAUACGAGGAGAAGAUAAAGGAGAGAUUUGUUUGUAACUCCUUUUGUUAAGGCAUUUGUCGUCGUCCACCUUUGUUCUUGUUGUAUCACUUAGUUAACGGCUAGUGGGUUUAAAGUAAGCCUGGCAUUUUCAACGAGAAGAACCGAGAAAACCCAAAUUGAAUUGAUGUUAAAACAUUUGUACGGUUCAUGUAAGCUGAAACCGAGCCAGAAUUAGA